AUGGCCGAGGGGCUGCAGAGAUUGCCGCCGCCGCUUCAUAUACAGACGACCGGAGGGGGAAAUACCAAAAGCAGCAACCCGAGCCCCUCGAUAUCGGCGACGAAUUCUCCAACGGCAUCAUCAGUGAUAACAACAGCUUCGACCACCACAGCCUCGGGUCACAUCAAGAAGCGGACGAGAGCGAGCAGACCAAAAGUCAGGACCGGUUGCAUCACCUGGAUCGACAGCAAGAUCCGUCGGGUGAAGUGUGGAGAAGAGAAGCCAGCUUGUCUUCGGUGCACGUCGACGGGGAGGACGUGUGAUGGCUACGACAAGGGUUCUAGCUCGGCCUACGCCCGCUACCGGUCCUCGCCUGCCGACCCAACGCGCACUGCCGAGCUGGCCAAGGUGGAAUUCGUAAAGGCGUGUCAAUGGAGCGAGGCGUUGCGGUCGAUGCGCCGGAUUGCGCCGGCUGACAUUGACGGGACCGACACGGAAAAACGCUUCUUUGGCCGGUUUCGUUCCAACUCUUCCACGUGGUUUGACCCGAGCACGCCGCAGCACCUGUCUCAUUAUACCGUAUUCUGGAACAAGGUGAUAUCGCCAUCGACGAAUUGCUGUCAGGAUGAGGCGGUCAAGCACGCCGUGGUGGCCCUCGGGGCGGCUCACACGUUGGUUCAGUUUCCAGACCAAAAGGUCCUCGACGGCUUCACCCGCGACGCACUGGAGGUGUUUGUUAUUCAGCAGUACAACAAAUCCAUCGCAAAGCUGCAACGACAUGUCGGUUCGACGGGUCCGGAUUCGGUCAGAAUUACACUCAUCUGCUGUCUGGCGUUUAUAUUUCUCGAAACCGUCAGGUCGAAGCACUCGGUGGCCGUGACUCACCUUGUCAAUGGUCUUCGAAUAUUACAGAGCAUGCCGUUUAAUGUCUUCGACUGCCUAUCCGACACAUCAAUAUUUGUGUGGCCACCACUGGGCACGAGUCAUCAGAGAGACGGAUUGGAAAUGCCCGACAUCAUUCGGUUAUUUGCCCGGCUAGAAGUCACGUCGUGUUUCUUCACGACAGCUAUCCACCCGGUCGUUUCGGAGAAGUCGUACGUCUCGAGGGUAUACGACGACGGCGCGAGCCUACAGACGGCCGAGGGGCCAACAGUGAUAUUAGACACGAAGGAGGCUAGAAAACUAAUGGCCACCUUCCAACACGACACCAUGGCCUUUUUGCACAAGCUCUCCGCCUCGACCAUCCGACCCGAAGGUCGCCAAUCAGCCUGCCUCCGAGCCAGAGCAAAACGUCUCGGCCCUAUUAUCUCCGAGUUCUUCGCCCGAUUCGGCUCCAUCGCGCCCAACACACCAGACCUGUACAUUCUUCUUCUUGACCUCCUCUACUUCAAAACAGCCUUGUUUCUGGUGUCGAGGAUACCAUCCCUCCCGCCAAAACGACCACCCAUGUUCCCACCCUCUCUGGCCCUCAACCCCUUCUUAAUCAGCUACACCCCUCCCACCCCCCUACCCGCUGCUCCCUCCCCUCGCACCUCGCACCCAAAUUUAAGUCUGAGCUCCCUCCAGCAAGGGAUAAUCGAAGCCGACGACGAGGAAGGGGAUGUAGAGCAGGAAAUGGAAUGGGAAUCUCUCUUACAUGACAUGCUCUCCUUGGCACGCAGCUUGACAACUAGCCCGAUAGGUCAAAAAAUGCGCCCCUGGUCCCGGUCUACUACGGUCACCAUGACCAGCAAACACCAAAGUCCAUCAACUCACUCCUCCUCCUUCUCCUCCUCCUCUUCCUCCUCCUCCCAAGUCAAGAUAUCAGUCCCCGUCCCCGGGGCACCAAUACCCGCCCCUGCCCCUGCCCCUGCCCCUGCCCCUGUGAUCACCACCAUCAAGAAAGAACCCUCACCCCCGGCGGCGGUGUUAUCAUCAAUAGUACCGACAACAACAGCAGCGCAGGAUUCGACCAACAACAGCAACAGCAACAACAACAACAACAACAACAACAACAACAACAACAACAACAACAACGACAACAACAACCCCAAACCAACAACCGACACUUUGCUCUCUGGCCCGCUGUACACCAUAGCGCUGCACACAACAAAUCACAUCACCAAAAACAAGGCUGUCGACCUCUUGGUGGAGAAUAUAAACCCUUGCAGUCUGACAUCUCAGCCAACCAUGGGGACAAGUCCUACGCCUAACAAAAGCGGGGAGGGGAUGGGAAUGGGAAUGGGAAUGAAGGAGGUUGUCAAGGGGGUGAUUGAGCAAGAGAGGCAGGUUAUUGAGGAGGGGGGGUGGAUGGGGUUGAUUAAUUCGCGGGGCGGACAGGGGGGGAAGUGGUAUGAUGCUCCGAGGGAGUUGAGCGGAGGGGUUGGGGGGUUGCCUAGGGUUUGGGAUGCGCUGGUUGGUGGUGGGGAUGGACAUGGGGGAGGUGGUGAUGGGGAGGAUAAUGAGGGGAUUGGGGAGGGGGGUUUUAAUGAGGUUAUUGAGGGGAGGGGGAGGAGUUGGAGUGGGAGUCAGGGGGGGGGUUGGUGA